UUGAUACGUGACGCUUCUUAAAAACCAACAAAAUGUCUCCAUCAGCAACAGAAGCCGCAGCGGCCAAGGUCGAGGACAUCAAGGCGAAGGUACUGCCAGCGAAGGAAUCGCAACCUGCUUCUGGACUCUCGGCCCAGGAAGAGGAGCUUCCCGAAGUCCGGACAGGCCACAAGGAGCCUCUCAAGAAGAGCGGCGUCCUCGACCAGUUCGAGCAUUUCGACGUGACGCCCAUCAUCGGCCGCGAGUACCCGACCGUCGAUCUUAAGGAGCUCCUCAGAGCACCGAACUCUGACGACCUCGUCCGCGACCUGGCAAUCACUAGUGAGUCCCCAUCUCCGCCGGAGAGAGAAAGUGAACAGAUAUCUAACAAAAGCCCCCAAGUCUCGCAACGCGGCGUCGUAUUCUUCCGCAAGCAGGACAACAUCGACAAUGAUCUGCAAAAGGAACUCGUCCAGCGCCUAGGCGAGCUCUCGGGGAAGCCCUCGACCUCGAAGCUCCACAUCCACCCCGUCAACAACUCCGCGAGGGGCGACACCAAGGACGAUGAGAUCAGCGUCAUCUCGUCGGCGCAGGCCAAGAAGCUGGACUUGCACCGCUUCCUAAACUACACCAAGAAGCAGACGCAAAAGACGCAGUGGCACUCGGACAUCACCUUCGAGCCCGUCCCCAGCGACUACGCUCUGCUGCGUCUGACCCAGCUGCCCAAGACGGGAGGAGACACCCUCUGGGCCUCGGGCUACGAGGUGUACGACCGGAUAUCGAAGCCGCUCCAACGGUUCCUUGACACCCUGACGGCGACGUACGCGCAGCCCGGCUUCAACGCGGCGGCGGAGAAGAACGGCUUCAAGCUCUUCACCGAGGCGCGCGGCGCACCCGAGAACGUCGGCGAGCUCCUCGAGGCCGUCCACCCGGUCGUCCGCACCAACCCGGUGACCGGGUGGAAGAGCAUCUUCGCCGCGGGCCACCACGUGUCGCGGAUCAACGGGUUGUCGGACGAGGAGUCGCGGCACUUCCUCGACUGGUUCGUGCAGCUCAUCGUCGAGAACCACGACCUGCAGGUGCGGUACCGCUGGCAGAACGAGAAUGACGUGGCCAUCUGGGACAACCGCUCCGUGUACCACGCCGCCACGCCGGACUACGUGACCGAGGGCCUCGGCGAGAGGAAGGGCUCGCGCUCCGUGAGCCUGGGCGAGAGGCCGUACUUUGACCCCCAGAGCCUCAGCAGGCGGGAGGCCUUGCGGGCAGAGGCCAUUGCCAGCCUGAAGUCCGACUCGAGUUGAAAGGGUGUGAGAAGACGGUUUGAGUACGGCCUGGGUCUCGCAAAAGCUCGCCAGGGCCCGUAGAGAGGGGACAGGCUAGACCUGCAAACCGCCACUGUUUCUUAGUGGUGAAGGAUUAUUCUCCUCAGUCGAUCAAUCAAGGAGCAUGUUCCCGGCGCAAACGAGCCCAUCCCCCCGUAGCAUGCACUCUUGUCCAGGAUGUCCAUCCGAUGUUCGCUAUAAUUUGCCUGUGUCACGUAGAUGAUCCAGAACGUAAGCUUGGGCCGGAGGCAGUAU